CCGGGACAGGACCCAGCUGAUCAACAGUCUCUCUCGCAACAGCACAUCUACGACAAGUAUCGGAAAGCCCUGUGUUUUUUCUGGACAUAUUUCUUUCAUUCGGGAAACCCUUCCAUCUGGUAAACAUGGUAUCCGCGAAAACUAUUGCCGUUGUCGUAUGUGUCUUUCUGACCAUCCAAUUAGCAGCAAGCCGGGCACCCCACCUGAGAAAUUGCAAGAACCCUUGCAACACCCGAUUCGGCCAAAAAGUCUGCUGCGAUUCAAUUCACAGAAAUGAGCCUCCUAGGUGCCCCAAGACCCCAAGAGUCCUUAUGGAUUGUGAAGAUAAGGACAUCAUGGUAAAGCCCGUCAAGUUUCAGUCCUGUCGCACUGACGACGACUGCAAUAACGACGAGCUGUGCUGCAGUGAUGUGUGCCACUCCGGUCCUCCCAAAAUCUGCAUCCAGAGCGACAUCAACGACCAUUUCUUCCUGCACUAAGUAUCGCAACCCAUGGACGACUUCCGAAGUCUCUCCACCUCCUAUGGAAUUCACUGACGUCAUCACAAGUCCCCAGCAAAUAUUCUUGAUGUCACUGCAUUAUUCAAAACAUCUGUGAUCGCCAUUCAUAUAUUCCUGCACUGUGACGGUACAAAGCUAUUCGAAGUUAAACUACUAAUCUAAUUAUGCAAAAAUGCAUCGCGUAUUUCCUCUCCACCUUCGUGCAACGCAGGACGUAUUAUAGAAGACUUCCAGAAGAUUUCAAUACGAUAUUCCAUCACAAUAUAUGUCUGUCACGAAAUUGGAUUUAAUGCGUUUGUGACAUGGAAUUUCAAGGAAAACGUUCGAGUAAAAAGACGUACUAUACUGUAUUAAAAAGAUCUGAAAAGCAGGGAUACGAGAUUAUCGAAAUCGAUUAACAUCCAACUCUACAGACAUAUUAUAAUACUUCAGUGACUACUUCCUUGACGUGAAGAUAAUAGCCAAAUUUACGUUAUGCAACUGACACUUUCCCUUUCUUCGUUUCUCACCUCACCAGUAAGCCAGUCAUUCACUGUUGUUACCUGUUUAAGCGCCAAAUAUUUGUUUGUUUUCACCGAAUGCUGUUAAGUUUUUCAUGUUUUCUUUAUUGUUUUAGUAAUAUCCAAGCUCAGAUUUCUUUAUGAAACACUGUCUUCAGCACUUUAACUACUACAUACAUAUUUGCUAAGGCUUUGUCUUUAGGAAUCGCAAUUUCUCUUAUUUAUUUCAUUAAAAGCUAAAAUGAAUAAUC